CGCGACCAAAUGGGGCGGUUGCUGGGGCGACGGGUGAAUCACGGACCCCAACUACAAGGCAAGAUAACCAUCCCACCUCGCGAUAAACACUAUUUCCACAUUGCUACCCAAAUCCAACGUCGCAUCACCAUGGCUUCGCGCGCUGAUUCCGACGUCUUUGACGAUGACCCAUUCGACCCAUAUUCCGCCGAGUCGUCGCCCGACCCGCUAUCACGCUCCAUCAAUGAAAACACCCCCUCCGUCCGCCGCAGCGCCACGCGCUCCUCCAAGAAACCGCUGGUGUCGACUUCACCAAGCAAACAGAAUCGCGGCCAGAGCGCUUCCUCCUUCGACAUCGUUUCUCCCUCCAAAUCCAUGAUCCUCAACACACCGCGAGGCACCGGCGCUAGCCCGUGGCGCAUCAAGGUUACGGUGCAGGCCGAGCCAGAUGCAGGCGACGAGAAUGCGAGCUCGCCAAUCGUCCAGCAUAUGACACGAACACAUACUACAACAGUGCCUCUGAAAGACGCAGACGCAUCAUCUCCAGCGAAGCGCCGUGGAAGGCCGCGAAAGUCGGACGCGUCGAGCGCAAACACAAAGCGAAAUGGAACGCCCGUCAGGAAAACACCACGACCGCACUCUAAGACACGAGAUAUCACCACAGAGUCAAGUUUUGGAGGUGUGGAGACUGAUUCGGUGCCUAAAAAACGUAGAGGACGCCCAAGGAAGAGCCAAUUGCUAUCUGAAGAGCAAACUCUGGAGGCUCUAAGCCAAGACCUCAACUUUACUGGUAUUUCUAUGCGCGAAGAGAGCGCAAGUCCGAAGAAGAAUAGAGGCCGGCCCCGAAAGAGCAUACAGCCAAUUAUCCAGUCUGAGGAAGCAAUUGCGGAGCCCGGGGAAGAGAAGAGCACACCAACACCUCAACCAGCACACGUGGAUAUUCCAGUCAUAGAGACUACAGUUCCUACACCGCAGUCGCGAAGAACACAAUCGAAACAGAAAAUGGUCGGCGGUGAGCUCGUGGAAAAGACGCGCUUCACGCCGCCACAGACAGACCUGUCCAAAAGCAUACGCCGACGCAAGAACACUCCUGCAGCCAAAGAGAAGGUCUUGGUUCACGUUUCUUCUGAGGAGAUGCCCCCAUGACUAAUACGCUU